AUGCUUGUAUUUCAAGAGCAGCAGUGGCUUUCCCUCUCUGUCACUCAGCUUUUCAAACCAAACUUGGUCAAACAUAGAAAACGACAGGGCUGUGCUUUUGACAAAGUGCAUCUCCUGUACCUUGAAUAUUUGACAUCAGAGAGGUGGGUCUCAGCGUGUGCAUUGACUCUUAGUGCCUCUCUUCCAACAACCAUUAACUUUGCCUUGGUUGGGUUUCAGGUCACCUUCUAUGAAGACAAGAACUUCCAGGGCCGUCGCUACGAGUGUGAGAGCGAUUGCUCUGAUUUCCACACCUACCUGAGCCGCUGCAACUCCAUCCGAGUUCAAGGAGGUGCCUGGGUAGUUUAUGAGAGGCCUAACUUUUCAGGGAACACCUAUGUUCUGACCCCAGGAGAGUACCCGGACUACCAACAUUGGAUGGGCCUCAAUGACCGUCUCAGCUCCUGCAAAGCCAUUCAGAUACCCAGUGGAGGUCAGAGCCAGAUCCAGAUUUUUGAGAAGGGAGACUUUGGCGGGCAGAUGUUUGAAUCUACUGAAGACUGCUCUUCCGUCAUGGAUGAGUUCCACAUGCGGGAAAUCCAUGCAUGCAAAGUGCUGGGGGGUGUCUGGGUCUUCUACGAGCACCCCAACUUCCGCGGCAGGCAGUACCUCCUGGAGAAGGGCGAGUACCGCAGACCUGUGGAAUGGGGAGCCGUGUCCCCUGCUGUCCAGUCCUUCCGUUGCAUUGUGGAGUGAAGGGUGGAGGAGCUUCUCCAUGGGGACCAGCACCCCAGUGUGCUAGGAAUGCUGCUUGGAGGCCGUGAAUAAAGCAUUUGGUUGACUCUGUG